AUAACUUCACUCUUUCCUUCAACUCAACCCUACCAAAACAAACAAAUUAAGAGAAAGAAAGGCAAACCAUAUUCUUUGACAAAUUAAAGUUUUGGCCAUGGCUUCUCCUAGUCCACUUGCAAGAUUGUCAAUUGAGCGUAGACCCAAAUUGCUUAAAGAUUUUCUUCUUCAAGACGAUCCAUAUUCUUGUUCAUAUAAUGAUAUUGGGUCACACCCUCGAAAAUUAUGCAAGUCCACAAUUUCAAAUUUUCAUGGUUCAGGAAUUAGGUCAAACAAAGCUUCAUCUCAUCAAUUACUUAGAAGUAGAUCAUCUAGAGCUGCUACUGCUACAAUUUCUGCCAUUAACAAGGUCAUUAACAUUGUUAAGUUCUUACCCUUUGCCUCUGUCAAAUAUCCUUCCAUUUUUACGCGAAGCAUUUCAAGAAAACUAUCAAGAAGAACCAACCACAGGGACAAUAUUAAAAAGCAUAGUAGUAACCAAGAUGUCUCUGUCACCGUCAAAGUCAAAGACAUCCUACGAUGGAAAUCAUUUAGAGACUUGGUAGAUGAGAAAUCUACACCAUAUUCACCAAAUAGAUGCACCACCACCGCCACAACUAACUCCACAACCACCACAAGCAGCAAGAAAACUAGUUGGUGUGAUAGUGAUUUUACUGCGGAGGAUUUACCGUCAUGGUGGGGUGAAAAUGGUGAAUUUUUGGGUGAAUUAGAAGAUGGGAUGAAGAAGGUUGGUAGAAAGAAUAUAUUCGAGGAAACUGUCGGUGGGUAUAGCAUGGGAACCACAAGAGCAAUCAAAAGGGACCGUAAGGAAGAGUUGUGCUUUGAUGAGAAUGAGCAACACAGCCCAGUUUCAGUUCUUGAAUCUCCAUUUCAAGAAGACGAUGAAGAAGGAAUUGCCUUCUCUUUCCACCGAAACCUUGCUAAUUUAGACAAAAGAACAAGCAUGUUCAUGCAAAAAAUUCAACAGUUUGAGAGUCUUGCCGAAGGAAACACCAGCUUUGAAGAAGAAGAACAACAACAACAACAACAAGAGGAAGAAAUUCGAGAAAUUGAAGAAAAGGCAAAGCAAUUAUUGAGCAAUUUGAAAGAGACAAUUCACUUGGAACUAAUUGAAGAUUGUGAAGCAAACUAUGUGGAUGAGCUUCUCUUUGAUUUCUUUUGGCAUGAAUUGUGUACAACUAGAAAGCAUCAAAACAAUGAUGGUGAGAGUGAUGAAAAGUUAAUGAGAGAAGCAAAAUCUUGGAUCAAUGGUAAUUACAAUGGGGAAUUUGAAUGGGAGUUUGAGGAUAAAAGAGAAUCCUACAUAAGAGACAUGGAAAGAGAAGCAAGGUGGAACAAGUUUGAAGAAGAAAAACAAGAGUUGAGCUUGGACUUGGACUUUCAAGUGUUCAACGAUUUGGUUCAUGAAGUCUUGGAAGAUGUUUUUUCUCAUAAAUGUUAGAUUAUAUAAAAUUUGAAUACAGCUGCGUUCAAGUAGGGUCCGGGGAAGGUCACACCACAAGGAGUGUGCGCGCCUAUUCUAAUGCAAGUAUUAAUGACUGUUUUCAAGGCUAGUAUUUGGAAAGAAUUCCAUGUAUCAUAUUAACGUGUUUAGAACAUGUUAAUAUAUACAAGUGAAUUGUAGACUAGUUAGACAGGAAACUUUUUACAAUUUAACUAGUGGUAGAAUCUCUUGAAUCGGGGACACUCUUUUCUGCUACUUAUGUAUAGUUCUAAUGUUGGCUGGUUAUAAAGCCGACGAUUUUUCGAAAUUUGUAGACAACAAAUGUUUCCCUUUCAAUCAAUGAAAGAACAGGAAGUUUAAUCAGUGA